AGCGCUAAACACAUGAAAAUGAUCGUCGUGUUAUAUUGGAUUUUAGUGAUUAUUGCAGGCGUAGUUAUUUUUGGGUUUUAUCAGAAAGCCACAAACGCGGUAUGCAAAUCAAAGAAAAACUUAACGGGAAGGACGGCUAUAGUCACUGGGGGUACCAGUGGAAUGGGAUUAUGCAUUGCUACAGAUUUCGCAAGUCGUGGAGCACGGGUUAUAGUUGCAUGUCCUUUUAUCGACGAAGGUACUCAAGGCAGGAAGACGAUUGUUGACAAAACCGGCAACAAUGACGUGGUGUUCAAGAUGUUGGAUCUAGCUUCAUUUGACUCGGUGAGAUGUUUUGCAAAGGAAAUCCUCGAUAGUGAAGAUCGCCUUGACUUAUUAAUAAACAACGCGGGAAUUGCUGUAGCACGAGUCAGGAGGAGUCUAACAAUGGAUGGAUUGAAUCUCCUUAUGCAAGUGAAUUAUUUUGGACAUUUUUUGCUUACUCUGCUGCUACUGCCGUUGAUGAUCAAAACUGGCACGCCAUUGGAACCAGGGAGGAUUGUAAAUAUUUCGUCCGUUCUUCAUUUUAUGGCUGGCACCGUGAACUUAGAUCAUAUAAACUCUAGACUGUAUUGCAACACGUUCAAAUUAUAUGGAAACAGCAAGUUGUAUUUAAUUUUGUUCGCUCACGAGCUAUCAAAGAAAUUGAAAGGCAAAAACGUUGUGAUAAACUCUGUAGAUCCUGGAGCGGUGGGCACAAAUAUUUUUAAUCAGUAUUGGGGGGCUACCGGUUCUAUCAUUACAUACAUUUUUAAGAAUUGUUUCAAAACUCCUUGGCAAGGUGCACAGACGGCUAUUCAUGUGGCUCUCGAUAGUGAAGCUGGAAAAGUUAGUGGAGAACUGUUUAAGAAUUGCAAACUUGCCCGAGCGAAGUCUGACGCGUACGAUGAUAUGGCUUCAGCGAUGCUCUGGGCCGAAUCAGUGCGAUUGGUGAAACUUGAUUUGGAUGUAGCGGAAUUUCUUACGUCUUCUGCUUACUAUCACUAGGAGUUUUCUUUGCAGGGUACCGGCUGGGUGUGUAAUGUGCAAGUGCUGUUAUAUUUUAAUUUUAAAGGGAAAUUACUGGGCUAAUGAAACUUAACAUCUUACGUCUCAAAGUGGGAAUUAUUAAAUAAAAUCUUAUUGAACAUAAAUGUUAUAAAAAUUUGAUUGAAUAGCCAAGCCAACUUGCUCGUAAAGUCUGGAUGUAAUAUCUCUGGGACAACGCGGCUUACAAACUGAGCAGAUAUUGUUAACCAAGGCUCUAGUAUUAACAAUUAUUAUGCAUAGUGUCUUUAAAUAUUAGUACAAUAUAAAAUUUGAAUUAAAAUUUUUAGUGACACAUAAAGUGAUAAAAGUACGCCUAUUUUAGGCAUCGUGCUAAAAUAUGCGAUUACACGAUAAGAUAAAAAAUAAAAAAUAUUAAAUUGUUGUUAUUACAUUUUUUUUUAUUUGUGGUUACCUUAUGUUUGUAAUAAAUUAAAAUAGUAAGUAUUUGA